AUGGCUUCAGUCAUAAACUCUGGUGAUGCUACUGCUGCCAGCAGCAAUCCUGCAGCCUCUGCUACCACUCAUGUGGUACAAUUUAAUCCUGUUGCUCAGUUACCUAUUAAACUACAAGGUAACCUCAACUUCUCAACUUGGAAAGCUCAACUUGUGAUGCUAUUAAAUGGUCACCAACUCAUGGGACAUCUUGACGGAACCAUAACUGCACCUUCACCUACUAUUAUCCAAAAUAAUCUUACUGUACCAAAUCCCAAGUAUCAAAUCUGGUUCUCUCAGGAUCAAUUGAUCCAACAAGCAAUGAUGGCAUCCGUCGAUCCUACUAUUGCUCCAACUGUUGCCACAGGUUCAUCUGCUCACAAAGCAUGGGAACUUCUUCACACGGCUUACGCCAGCAAGAGUCAUACUCGCAUCUUUAGCUUGCGAGAUCAAUUGCAAAACACCAAGAAGGCCUCGAAAUCCAUUGCAGAGUAUUUACAGGAGGUCCGCUCUCUCUCUGAUGCUCUCAAAGUUGUCGGUUCACCUGUCACUGAUGACGAACUUGUUGUCAAAAUUCUAAGUGGCCUUGGCCCUGAGUAUCGCGAAAUAUCUGUUGCGAUAUGCGCACGAGACUCCUCUCUGAGCUUUGAGGAAUUAUUUCACAAGCUCACAGAUCACGAGCUUUUCCUCAAACACCAAGACCUUGAGAAAUCAUCUUCUAUGAUUACAGCAGUUGUAGCCCAGAAAACCAACACGCCUCCUCAAUUCAACAGGAACAACCGCCANUUUCAAUAA